UGUGGUGUAUCCUUGCAGUGAAGUGGUCAAGUCGUUUAUUAGCAUGAGCUUUGACACAGGAACAAUGGCGGAAAAAGAUCGCAAGUGACCAGAGGGAGCGGACUUUUAUAACUUACCUGUGUAUUAAGAAAGGGGUUCAUGUUUAGCGAAUUUCCUGAUCAUAGAAGUCAAUCAACUUAACCAGUAACUUCCUCGUAGUCACUCACCAUGUUAAGCAACUGUUAUCAGAAGUUCUACACCAACCAGAUCCACUCCAGCUCACUUCUCUGUCAGCUGUCGACCAUGUGGAAAAGUCAGGUGCUCUGUGAUGCAGUGAUUAGAUCAGGGACGACUGUUAUCAAGGCACACCGUGUUAUCUUAGUUGCUGCUUGCCCCAUGCUACAGUCGAUGGAGAAAUCAUCAGUGGGCUCUCAUCUAGAGGUCCGUCUGGCGUCAGAUAUCACAGCUGAUUCCAUUAACACAUUCCUACAAUACCUGUACGAAGGCUUCAUGAUGUUGACAGAAGAAAAUUGUAAAGAAGUAGAAAAAAUAGCCAGGCUGUUACAGGUUGAUAGUGUCAUCAAAUGUUGUGCUGAUUUCAGUAAGUGUGUAAGCUUAAAAACAGGGAUUGGAAACUUCAGUAAUGAACAGUAUCGCUACACAUUCCAUGACAUGAUAGAAUUCCGCCAUGUUAGGUCUUCAGAAUUACAGAAAACAGUCCAGGAUAGGUUAAAGAGGCCAGCAACUGAUUUUCUCAGGGCAGGAAGCCCAAGCACAAAGAGGCCGAAGCAUUUCAGGAUGGGAAGUCCCUCUGAUAUUUCAGUGAUAGCAGACAGGUUAUCAAUGGCACAGAGUUACGCACAACAGGAUAAAGUGAACCAUUCCAGUACAUUGAGCUCUAGUCAGAGACAAAACAGCAAUUCCCAGAAACAACCCGUUUAUCCAGUGGAGAUAGUGGAAGACAGCAUAGAACUGGUUCAGACGGAGGUCAACCUUGACACAAAUACUGUAAGUGUGGAUGAAGCUGUGUCGGUGGGGAUCGCAAGUCAGAUAGACAAUUCUUCUGAUUUACAAGUCAUUGACAUAUCAAAAGAAAAAUCAAACCACACCAGUGCCAGCAAAAGUAGUGCAGCUCUUUCUCACCACCCUCAUGACUCUAUAACUGUAAAUCCUCUGGAAAACUUCGCCAAUGCAGAUGGGUCCUUAUCCAGUUUGAGAGAUUCCUCUUUUCCCCUUCCUUUAUCGUCUCAUCGAACAUUACCCACAUCUACAUCCAGACAUGGCGAUGACACUGCCCCACGUAGAUCAAAAGUGACAGACCGACCUCCUGAUUCUAUGCCUUUACAAGCCAUGCAACAGAUGACAAGAUCCACAAACUCCCUGACCACCAGCAGUCCUAGUCCAGACACCCAGGGGGGCAGAUCAAUACUGGUGGCAUCAGAAAGGGCAAGUGGGUCUAGCAGGGCUGGGGUAUCUGAUGCUUCCCAUACAAAUGAAUCCAGCAAAGAAAAAAGCUCACAACCAGGCGAACCUGACCUCAGUAUUGUUAAGAAAGAAGCCGAGGAGGAUGCCACACCCACUGGACUGGAAAUGUUCGUUGACUCGCUAGAUGAACCCCAAGACACGGGUCAGCGAGAUUCGGAAGUGGAUGACACGGAGGGUGAUGUUACGGUCGACUGGAACAAAGAGGAUUUAUCGAUGGAAGGAAACAUGAGCGGAGACCAAACGAUGUGGAUGGACACAAGUUUCAAAGAGCAUGGUUGGAUAAGCACGCCUCAUCGGGCUACAGAUGUUCUCACCCAACUGGCUAUGUAUGCAACUCCACCAGGUGGUGGACUGACCCCAAUAGAACCCCCACCCCUCUCUGUGUAUGUCACUCCACCAAAUGGAGGCAGUAGCAGACGCAAAAAGAAAAAGCAUUAUGAUCAUGUGAUUGAAUUCAAAGAGGGCAUAAUGAGUAAAGAGGAUGAAAAAUCCACUGAUGAUUCAGUGUCUGCUGAUGGUGAAACAUUGUCAGCAAGCAGUCUUGUGUCCAGCAUGACUGAAACUGAGUUUUCUCAGUUGUCAAGUAUGAUUCCUUCAUUCAGUGACUCAAAAGUUCACUGCACAGAGAGUUUGCAAGGAAAGCAGAAGAACUGUGUCCUCUGCAAGUACCUUGGUAGAAAGACCAAUGAGGGUCUUUUAAAGGUUCGAACCAGAGCUAAAUGCAAUGCAUGUGAUACACCAUUGUGCAAAGGACCACCAAGGAACUGUUUUCGUGACUUCCAUGAAUUGUACAAGAAAUUCAAAUUUCCUGAUUUGAAGUGGAGUCAUGCUUCAGUAUAUCAGUAUCCUGGAAGAGGAGCAAAUGCGCGCUUCAUCAUCAGCCCGGAAAUAAAUGACACUCUUCUGCCACACUGAAGAGAGUGAAGAAUGACUAUGCCUGGGGACAAAAUUUUAAAGUUAUGCUAUGGAUGUAAAGAGACCCGAGAAAGUAGUUUAUGCUUCAAGACAUGGUUGCUCAAUGGAUAUGCAUGCUCCCAAAUUUGAGUUUUGUUUCACUAUUAUAUAUUAUUUCUGGGUGUUGGUUUUAUGUAACAUUUUAGAUAUGUAUCAUUAUAGGAAAUAUCUAUCCUACUGUGUCAGGUCAGCAGUGAAUUUAAUGAUUUUUAAAUUUUUAAAAAUGAUAUUCAGUGUCUAGACAUGCUAAAUUUCUCUCUUGUGAAUACAACUUCUUUUUGAAAACCUUUAGUAUAACAUUUCAAUUAGUUUUAGCUCUGAUAUGUGCAAUAAUUCUUACAAGUGUUCAAAAAGACUAACUUUCAGUACUAAAUUCAAUGUGAUUUUAUAGUCAGAUUUUUAUAUCCAAAUGAUACUUUACGGAGAGGAGUGGUGUCUUUAGAGAUAUCAUUACAGUUAAGUUAGCAAUGAAUCUUAAGACGAGUUUACAUAUCUUGAUUGGUUGCCUACCUUCAAAUUUCAAUAUCUGUUUCAAAUAGGAUUUUUAUGACACUGAGAUCAAAGUUCAGGAGGAUAUUGUUUUUGGUCUGACUAUUUUUUUUGUCCACAAGAAUUGCUAUUGAACUGUAGGAGACAGAGACAAAUUAAAAGCUCAUGGUCAAAUUUGCCACCAUUGGACAUGACCUAAUCUUUGUUGAGAUUGGCACAGCUGCAUAUUUGGACUGACGCCUUCACUGAAUCUCUGAGCAGUCCCUUCAUAAUUCAUGUCUGGAAAUUUACAUUCAGUUUCGACCAUUUAUAGCAAUUAAUGUGCAUUUAGGAGACACUGCUGUUCAAUAAGUGCUUUAUAACUAACUCUGUAUCACUAUUAAUUUUGCAUUGCUUACCAUCUAGGUAUUAAAAUUUCAAAAUGAAAACAGUCAAUAAAUUUUCUGUUUAAAUGAGGACUCCCAUGAAGGAAUUGUUUAUCUCCUGAUGUUGAAAAGUUCCUAAAGUAUAUUUUAUUUGUGAUAUGCAGUACCCGGUAACUGCUCAUACCUACUGUAUAUCACUACUAAAGAAAAACAGAUUAUAGGAACUCUUCAACAAUUCCUUCAUUUGAAUGGAAAAUUUAGUGACUUUUCAUUUUAGGAUUUUCAUACCUAGACGGUAAGCAAUACAAAAUUAAUAGUAAUAAAGAGUUAGUUUAACAGUCAACUAACUUUUGAAGUGAACAGCUGUGUCACCUAAAUGCACAUUAAUUGCUAGAACCGGUCGAAGCUGAAUGUAAAUUACCAGACGUGAAUUAUGAAGGACUGCUCCGAGAUUGGUGAAGGUGUCAGUCCAUAUGUCCAGCUGAGUGGAAUCUCAGCUGAGAUUAGACAUGACCAAGGUCUGGUGAAUAGUGUUUCCGUGAAGUUGCAGCUCGGAUAUUUAAAUGACUUUGACACUGAAAUUAAAGAGAAAUUCUGAUCCUCAAGAAUUUAGUAACAUAACAGAGAGUAAAAUACAGAUUAAAUGUCAUUUGGGAUUUUAUCUAUCAUAGUAUUUAUCUAUCCUAUUUUUUCUAUCCAUCCUAGUUUGAAACAGCAAACUUGAGUCUUUAAUAGUUUUUCUUGUAUUAAUGUGAUCUGUCCAUGGACAAUCAGAUCAAAUUGUAGGCACUGAUUCUAAGCAGCACAUACUUCUGUUACAGUUUCCUUUGUUAUGCUUUUCUUCAGUUUACGAUGUUUGGAUUACGUACUUGCUUAUUAUAUGAGUUUAAUCAUUUCAAAUCUUAGGACCAUGCAAUUUUCAUGGAAUACUAAGGUCUUUCUGUUUAAAGGGAAUGUAAUUUCAUUGGUAAGGUGUCUGUACCUUGAGACAGUAUUACUGUAUGUGUAUAUAAAUUGUGUAUUUCAUUUAGGCCUUAGUUUUAAUGUGGGGUUGGGGUAACAAUGAAAUCCACAAAAAUUGAACUCCCAAGAAAUACAUGUAUAUAGAUUCCAUUUUCUUUUUCAAUUUUUACCAGAUGCACCUCUCGUGUAGAAUAUCCUAGUGGUCUAGAUAAACAGUCACAUUUUACUUAUAGUCUUUAUAUAUUGUUGCAUAUCAGAUUGGAUUUUGUGGCACUCUGUUGAACUCUGUUAUGUUCAGUCUAUAUGAGGGUAGUUGUUAGUAACAGGAAUAUGCCGUGCGACCGUUAAAAAAAAAAAAAAAAACCAAUAAAAAAAAACCACAACUCUCUGUGAUAGAGGGUAUGUUGCAUCUUGUUGCCCUUGUACACACAUGGACGGGUAAAUACAGAUAUCCUAAUCAUUUGCUGACCUUUUAAAGCGAGUUUUAAAACCAAUCCAUCAUGAAAUAGCCAGUAGGAAUGCUUCAAGUCUUUGACAUUUGGUCUGUAUUUUAGUUUUGGUAUAAACGGCUAUGUUCAAGAAGGUGAUGUUGACAAAAUAUUUUUUUCUCCUUCAGGAUAGUUAACAUGGUUAACCUGAUUUGAAAAAUAUAUAUAUAUUGGACUACUUAUUCAAAGUAAACUGAUUUGAAGAAGAUUUUUGUUCUCGUAAGCAAUUUUUUUUUUUAAAAGGUGGUAUGUAUUUUACUGUUAUGCAACAGGCUUAUGGGAAAAAUGAGUAUUCAGGGGUUGUAAACAAAAUAUAUGACUGAAGUAGUGUAUGUUACUGUGAAUCUAUAAUCUAGUCAUAUAGUAUGAAUCAAGCAAUAUGUACAAAAGAAUCAAAGUUAUAAAAGAAGCCAGAGAUCACUACCCCCACUGAUAAAUGUAGUAUUUUAAGGGAAGGAGUGCAUGUAUAACUUAUGUUUGUUAGUGCAUGGUGAUUGCAUUAAUUGAUACUCAGGGUUUCAGAGGCAUAAUGAUGCUUUGCUAUUGCCUGUGGAAAGGGGAUUUGAUCUGACUCGAGUGAAAAAACAGGUCUCCUGAUUGAAGUGUGUUUUUAAUCUCCAUUUUAUUGAAUUAUUUUGUAAAGAAAUGCAUUAUUUGUAUGAAUGACAUAGUCUUAGAACAAAAAAUACAGACACAUGUAUAUCCGCAGAAGACUUCGUGCUAUAUAUACACCAGGCAUUCCAUCACAGAACUGGCUUUCUGUCAUUACUGAAUAAGAGGUUUAUUAGAUAAUGUAUAGAUAUCUUUAUUUACAUGUUAUAACCAGAUGUGUAUUCAUAUUGAUACAUGUGUAUUAAGUGUAGAUAAUUUAUCUGCUAUUUUUAAAAAAGAAAUGCUGUAUUUGUUGAUUUUUGAAUAAAUUUUAUCUAUUUUCUAUUUA